AUGGUCGAAGUGCUCUUCAGUGUCCGGCUCUGGACCCGCCAGCCUAGUGCCACCUUUGCUCAACAGGCAACGGUGGGAAUCCCUCCCGGACGCUUCCCAGCUUCAAACCUGGACAAAAAGAAAAGAAGACCUCGUUCCAGGACAAAAGAUGAACCUUCAGGGUCCGCGGUGAAACCGCUGGUGUUCCGCGUGGAUGAAACCACUCCUGAAAUCGUCCAGAAUGUCCUGUUAGAGCGUGGGUGGAAUAAGUUUGACGAGCAGACGCAGGAUGACGAAGACUGGGACCUGUACUGGAGGGCGUCCUCUUUCCCGAUUGUCAAGCAUGCCAACCUCAAACCUUGGCAGUUACUGAACCACCACCCAGGAACCACCAAACUCACCCGGAAGGAUGACCUAGCCAAACUCCUAAAGCACAUGAAGGGGACUUACGGCGCUUCCCUUUACGAGUUCAUCCCUCUGACGUUCAUCAUGCCCAACGACUACCACAAGUUCGUGGUGCAAUACACCAAAGAGACGCAGACGCUGGGCAGGAAAUCCAGCUACUGGAUCUGCAAGCCAGCGGAACUGUCUCGUGGGAGGGGCAUCGUCAUCUUCAGUGACAUCAAAGACUUUAUCUUUGAUGACACGUAUAUCGUGCAGAAAUACAUCUGCAACCCUCUCUUGGUGGGCAAGUACAAAUGUGAUCUCCGAAUUUAUGUCUGUGUUACUGGCUUUCAACCUCUGACCAUAUAUAUUUACCAAGAAGGCUUAGCACGGUUUGCCACUGAGAAAUUUGACCUUCACAAUUUGCAAAAUGAGUAUGCCCACCUGACCAACAGCAGCAUCAACAAACUGGGGCCCUCCUAUGAGAAGUUCAAAGAUGUGAUUGGCCGCGGUUGCAAGUGGCCCCUCAGCAGGUUCUUCUCCUACCUCCGGAGCUACGAUGUGGACAACAUGCUCUUGUGGCAGAAGAUCAACCGUAUGGUCAUCCUCACCGUGCUGGCCAUUGCUCCGUUGGUCCCCUUUGCUGCCAACUGCUUCGAGCUCUUCGGGUUUGAUGUUCUCAUUGAUGACAAUUUUAAACCAUGGCUCUUGGAAGUCAACUACAGCCCAGCCUUGUCUUUGCACUGCUCCACCGACGUGUCUGUGAAGAGGAAACUCAUCCAUGAUAUCAUUGAUUUGAUUCAUGUAACUGGCCCAAGAAACAAGAGGAGAGGAAGUGGCCACAUCUCUAAGGGGGACCCUAAUGUCUUUGUCCAAAGCGACAGCAGCAUGUGCCAUUCUCUGAUUAAUGGGCCACUCUUACAGAUCACAGGUAGGGAACUUACUAGCAAUGAACUCGCUCUGGAGAAAGUUGGAAGAACAUGUCCUAAAGACACACGUGCCUCUCGGCUCAGAGAAAAGAUGAACAAGCAGGACGUGCCCCUAGCGACAAGAGAGCAGCCUAAGAUCAAACCCAAGUUGAGGAGUAGACACCUGCCAUGGGAGUCCUUCAUCCCUUAUGUGCCACACACCCCGUCACACAGCGGCUCCUGGGGGCUCCCAGAAAACAGCUGCCGAGAGCCCAAGUCCCAAGCAGGAAACUUUGUACUCAUUUUCCCUUUUAAUGAAGCUACUUUUGUGGCAUCUAGGAAUGGAUUAAAUGUUAAGAGGAUCAUCCAAGAGCUCCAGAAGCUUGUCAACCAGCAACAGUCCCAAAUGGCAGAAAAGACCACAAGAAAAAGAUGA